UUUCAGUGCAGGAAAUAGAGAGGUUUGUUUUGUUCAUGUGUGGAGAGGAGGCUGCAGUCAGUGAUGAUUUUACAACACGCUGUCUCCUGCUGUUUAAAGGAUUUAGGCUGGGGUGAAAUGUUUUCUAAUAAUUAGUGAUUUUUGUGUUUGUUUAUUACCUGCACGGAGUUCCGUGAAAAGGAAAGCAUCCCUUUUCUGUGUUGAAUUUCACACACAGAGCGGAGCGCGUCAUUCGCAGCUACAGACAAGUCGAGCUUUUCAAUGAGAUGAUUUACUGAGAAACAAACGCGUUGAAGCUCCAGCAGAGCUCUGCGCGAUUCUGAAAGACCAAAGGAAAGUUACUCCUUGCAAAGCAUGUUGUUUGUGUUCUUUCUUUAUCACACCAGAAGUGAUGAAUAUAUUUGAAUGGGAAGGCUACAGUAAAAAAUAAAUAUUACUAAAUACAAACCGAAGGCGGUGUUUCUGAAUGCAAAGAGGAUUCCGCUAGAGCAGUCUCAAACUAAACCAGUGAAGAUGGACGUCAGUGUCUCCGUGUCGUUGUUUCAAGACGAGCUCGCCUCCACCGUCGAGCUCGCAGUGAAAGCGGCUGCAGACAGCGUCGUGUGCGCGAUUACUGAAGCUGUGAGCAGCAAAUUCACUGAAUUACAAGAGGAAAUGUCUGGAGUGAAGAGAGAGAAUGAAAGUCUGAAGCUGAGAUUGGAAAUAUCAGAGAGCGAGCUGAAAGCCGUGCGAGGGUGUAUAAACGCUGCACAUGCAGACAUUAAACAGCCUUUCAUAUUUCAAGAUCCAAUAGAGAGCCACGCUAUCCCUGAAUCUGAAGCACAGGAGGGGCCAAAGAUAGAAGCAGUUUACACACAAGAGGAGUCCUUUGAGCAGGAGUGGUGUGCAAGUCUAAUACAGGUUACAGGGCUGCCAUGUGUUAAAGAUGAAGACGUCCCUGAACAGGAAUGUGUUCCUAUUAAAGAGGAAUUCAUAGAACAGGAAUGUGUCCCCAUCGCAGAGGAACUUCCUACUGAAAAUAAUGUCUGUACACUUGAGGAGAACAACAAGCUGGGAUCCAACCUGUGUGAUGAUUCUCCAUCUGAAUGUGAUCUGGGAUUUGGAGCUUCUAAAGUAGAUGAUGGAGAACACGACUCCACUCCAUCACCCCAGUGCAAAAACUCUUCUAGAGGCAAACCACAGAGCAAGAAGCACAGAGAAACGACACCCCAAGAAGAGUAUGUGAAGACAUUGAGAACUCACUCAGUUACAAUCCCUUCUUUACAAGACAGACACCCACUUACUGUGGAGAGUACAGAGACGCCACAUUCUGCAUGUUUUAACAAUUCUGAAACCCAGGGCAGCUUGAAGACCUUGCCUCAUUCUGUUAAAGGUGGGAAGAGUUCCUGUCAAUUAGACGCUCCUGAAACUCACAAGGGAAACCCCACAGGAGGGACUACGUGUUCCUGGGCUGAUUGUGGGAAGAGUUUCAAUCAUAUAUCACUGCUUAAAAGACACCAGCGCAUUCACACAGGAGAGAAACCUUCCCACAUACAUUCCAGUGAUAAGAGUUUCACACAGUUAGGAAAUCUUCAUUCACACCAGCGCAUUAUCACAGGAGAGAAACCUUAUCACUGCUCUGAGUGUGGGAAGAGAUUCAGUCACAUAGGAAACCUUAAAAAACACAAGGCCAUUCACACAGGAGAGAAACCUCAUCACUGUGCUGAGUGUGGGAAGAGAUUCAGUCAGUUAGGAAACUUUAAAAUCCACCAGCGCAUUCACACAGGAGAGAAACCUUAUCACUGUGCUGUUUGUGGGAAGAGAUUCAGCCAGUUAGGAUACCUUAAAAAACACAAAGCCAUUCACACAGGAGAGAAACCUCAUCACUGUGCUGUUUGUGGGAAGAGAUUCAGCCAGUCUGGAGACCUUAAGAGACACCAUAAAAUUCACACAGGAGAGAAACCUUAUCACUGUUCUGUUUGUGGGAAGAGAUUCAGCCUGUUUGGAAACCUUAAAGGACACCAUAAAAUUCACACAGGAGAGAAACCUCAUCACUGCCCUGAGUGUGGGAAGACAUUCAGUCACAUAGGAAACCUUAAAAAACACAAAGCCAUUCACACAGGAGAGAAACCUCAUCACUGUGAUGUUUGUGGGAAGAGAUUCCGCCAGUUACGAGACCUUAAAAGACACCAUAAAAUUCACACAGGUGUGUAAUCUUCUCCCUGCACUUAGUGUGGAGAAGUGAAGUCAGUUGCAGGUUCUUACAGGACUCGAGAACAUUCUCAGAAUUGCAGACGCUUGGGGACACCUAGACAACAGGAGUGCAUUUGACUAAAUACAGAAAUAUCUACUGAAAACAAAAUAAUAAACCUGCUUGAUAAACAGGGUCCCCCCUAAUCACAAUCUGUUCAGAUCAAAAGCUCACAGACUCAAAUAUGAACGAGUACGUCUUGUAUUCAUCGUCUUGUUGAGCAUUCGGAUUGUGUUACCUCACAUUAGUAAUAUAUUAAAUAGAUGUGUUAUUAUGAAUGCACGUUUCUCUUUCCUUUCUCAUGCGUUGCUCAGCCUCUUGCAUUGGGUUCUGUGGAAACUUCCCCCGAUACCACGGUGACUCUGCGGUACCUCAAGACACAGCACAGUGUACUGCAGUUAUCAUGCGGGCAGCUUGAAGUGUAAAGCAGUACUGUUUCCAGCAGGGGGCACCAGAGAGCUUUUAGGAACGUAAUGGGCUGCAUACCAUUGCUUCUUAACGAGAUGAUUUCUGCUCAGGAUGUGUUUAAUACUGCCCUCUCUCUCUCGGGUACUCUAUUAACAAACGCAGGUUCUGUGUUUUUAAUAUCAAUUUGUUGAUUGACAACGAGACUACUAAAGCAAAUAAAAUCUAUAUUAAAAAUGUUUUGCUGCCUGUAUUAAAUGCUGUUUUAAAGAUGUUCAGUGUCUUGUAAAUCAAGGAUUUCAUUUUAAAACUCCAGUAAUAAAUACCGUAGAUGUCCUUGUUUCUGCAUUUCUUAUAUAUACCAUGACUGGAGCAGCUUUUUAAACUGCUGUCUGAUCAUACAAGCGAUCCAUGUGCAAUCAGGCAUAUAUUUUGUCAUUAAGUAUUCUAUAGCUCUGUGGUUUAUACAAAUAGUUUUUACAUGUUUAACUUGAUGUUGCUUUGAAGCCCGUUUCAGUUCAUCGCUUUCCUGUAAAAUGUUCCCCGCUGUUACAAGUUUGUUAUAACUUUUUAUUAUUUAUGUUUUUGGAAAUGCACUCUUGUUAGAUAUUUUAUGAUCUGUAGUUUGAAGUCGUUAUUAUUUGUAGUGUUUUAGAUUGCAAGGUUGUGAGAUUUUAAACAGCAAUCUCACACGCCUGCAUGGAAGUUAGAAUCAGGGAUGGAGGAUUUAUAAACUGCAGAAUCAGGAAUGGAAGACAGAGCAGGAAUUUUCAAUACUUGGAAAUGGGACUUUUAGCAACAAUGCCUCCAUCUUUUGUUUGAAGUAGAUUAUGAUUAGCUGCUCCACAGCUUAGUAUGCAGCUCUGUACUGAAUCCACAAGUUCAUCGCAAUUGACCCAGAUGGUUGUCAUUGCUGGCUUCAUUAGGAGCACUAGGCACUGGGAAAUGUAGUUCUGAUGCCAUUUUAAAAUCCCAGAACUACAUUCUCUUUAACAGAUUUGCAUAAGUGCUGUGCGCUUC